GGAAAGGUUAUUCGUUUAAUUACUUAUAAGCCGAACUCCAAUAAUGAUGAUAGGGCGGGCAGGCAGGCAGCAAUCAAUAAUGUUGGGAUUGUACGUGAAACUAUACACGUCAAAGCAUUAAUGCAACGUCUCUUUACUCUCUACAGAUCACUCUUGCUUCUUUCUUUCUUUCCUAACUUUCACUGGAGGAUCAUUUAUUGCCAUUUGUUUUAAUCUCUUCCAAUGGGGCUUCAUCGUGGGUUGGACCAUUGAAGUUGCAUGUGAAACAUUCACCCACUUAAGCUCCGGUACUGCAGCUAGGUAUCUAAGCUAAGCUCUUCUUAUAUAAGACUGCCUCGAUAUGUUUUUCAGCUGCUACUUUAGUUACGUUAUUCUCAGGAAGUAAUUUUCUGGACUAGCCUUAGAGGGAAUUAGCCAGAGACAUGGGUUCCGGUGAAAUAAAGUCACCAGAAGGUCUACCAGAGACACCAGCAACAUAUGAUGGAGUUUCAAACCCAAUUCAUAGCAAGAAGCUUGGAAUUUACUUCCUCGAGUCCGACAAUAGGAGGAUGGCUUUUGGCCGUGGAUAUACUGGAGGAACUACUCCUGUUGACAUCCAUGGGAAGCCUAUUCCUGACCUCUCGAAGACAGGUGGCUGGAUUGCUGCCUUAUUCAUUUUUGGGAAUGAAAUGGCAGAGAGGAUGGCUUACUUUGGCCUCUCUGUUAACAUGGUGGCCUUCAUGUUCUAUAUUAUGCACCGACCCUUUACCAGUUCAUCCAAUGCAGUGAACAAUUUCUUAGGAAUUUCUCAAGUUUCCUCUGUCCUUGGCGGAUUUCUUGCAGAUGCGUAUCUCGGUCGAUAUUGGACAAUUGCAAUUUUCACAACAAUCUAUCUUGCGGGCUUGACAGGUAUAACCUUGUGUGCAACAAUGAAUAUUUUCAUGCCGGACCAGGGUCAAUGCGAUCAGCUAUCCUUGCUUUUGGGUAACUGCGAGCCAGCGAAAUCAUGGCAGAUGCUCUAUCUUAACACAGUUCUUUAUGUGACUGGAUUUGGAGCCGCAGGUAUAAGGCCGUGUGUUUCUUCAUUCGGAGCCGAUCAGUUUGAUGAAAGAGGUGAAAAUUACAAGUCUCAUCUGGAUAGGUUUUUCAACUUCUUUUAUCUUUCUGUAACUAUUGGAGCAAUAGUGGCCUUCACUUUAGUAGUCUACAUUCAAAUGAAACAUGGAUGGGGAUCUGCCUUUGGUUCACUGGCCAUAGCUAUGGGCAUGUCAAACAUGUUAUUCUUUAUCGGUACUCCUUUGUAUAGGCAUAGAUUGCCAGGAGGCAGUCCACUAACAAGAGUUGCCCAAGUUCUGGUCGCGGCCUUUCAGAAGAGAAAAGCCUCGUUUUCCAGCAGCGAGUUAAUAGGCCUUUAUGAGGUUCCUGGCAAACGUUCUGCUAUAAAGGGUAGUGGAAAGAUAGCACAUACAGAUGACUUCAGAUGUCUGGACAAGGCAGCAUUGCAAUUGAAGGAAGAUGGUGUAGAUCCAAGUCCUUGGAGGCUUUGUACGGUGACUCAAGUGGAGGAAGUCAAGAUACUUAUAAAGCUUGUUCCAAUACCAGCUUGCACAAUAAUGCUCAAUCUAAUCUUAACAGAGUAUCUGACUCUAUCAGUACAGCAGGCAUAUACUUUGAAUACACAUUUGGGUCAUCUCAAACUUCCAGUAACAAGCAUGCCCGUGUUUCCUUGCCUCAGUAUAUUCCUGAUAUUGUCUCUCUAUUACUCGGUAUUUGUUCCAAUAUUCCGGCGCAUUACCGGCCAUCCUCGUGGUGCUUCUCAGCUUCAAAGAGUAGGAAUCGGUCUGGCAUUUUCAAUUCUUUCUGUUGCCUGGGCAGCCAUUUUUGAGAGGUAUCGGAGAAAGUACGCUAUAGAACAUGGCUAUGAGUUUAGUUUCUUGACUCCCAUGCCUAACCUGAGUGCCUACUGGUUGUUGAUCCAGUAUUGCCUGAUUGGAAUAGCUGAAGUCUUUUGCAUUGUGGGCUUGCUUGAAUUUCUGUAUGAGGAAGCUCCUGAUGCAAUGAAGAGUAUAGGAUCUGCCUAUGCUGCACUAGCAGGUGGAAUUGGCUGCUUUGCAGCAAGUAUAUUGAACAGCAUUGUGAAAUCAGUGACAGGGAACCCAGACAAGAGGCAGCAAUCAUGGUUAUCCCAGAAUAUAAAUACUGGUAGAUUUGAAUAUUUCUACUGGCUGCUUACAGUUCUGAGUGCGAUAAAUUUCUGUGCCUUUCUAUAUUCAGCCCGUAGGUACAAGUACAGGGCAGAGCAGAAAUUUGGGAUUCAGGAAGUUGUAACCAACAAACAAAACACCCCAGCCAGGGGCUAGCAAGCCGAAUAUGAAUUCGAAAUCUAAGAUGGACAAGUACCACAUUCACAAUUAAAUUUCUCUCUUCCAGUGCAAGAUUUCCCCUUCAUGAUGUUUCCCUUCUAAAACAUAACUUGGAACAAGAUAAAACAUGAAUCACAGCUGCAUUUUCCUGCGUUUAAUCGAAUUGCUGGCAACAUUUGAAUUC